CUGUACUUAGCACUUCGGAAACAGAACAUGAUUGAGAAGACUGAGGAUUUGAAUACUUUGGCUAAUGAUUUAGGUCACAUUCUGUCUGAUAGUUUACGACAAGUAGAUGGCGAUUUCGAUUUUGAGUUGUCUUUCACUGCUUCAUCUGAUCUCGACACUCGAUUCACGCUGGUGCUCGACGAGAGUAUGAUACCUGAGUCCGACACAGACGAUUCUAUACCUGUUAAGAAUGACUGGGUGAAGUUUGCCGCAAUGGCGUCUGCAUACGUCUACAAAAAUGUUGGUGAAUCGGUUUCCACAUCUCUUCGAAAAUGACCGGCGAAUGCUGCCAGUGCUGCGAUUCUCGCUGGACUACUUGCAGAAGUGGUCGAAUCGUCUGAUACGGAUGAACCAACUACUUCUGAUAGAGAGCCAUCUGUCGAAAAUAUCUCUACACCUGACUUAGUAGUGAAGAAUCGUCAAGAUGGUGCCUGGCACUAUGGAAGUCGGACCGUUGACAACGUUGCCAGCAGUUUGGAAAUGGUGGAUGUGAUCGAUGCUGAAAUGACAGAUGCAUGUAUUCGAGUGAUGAUUGCAGCUGUUGUCAAUUAUUUCCAAGAGAACAGAUUCGUUCCGUGUGGUUUUUUGAAAGACAGUUAUGCAAGUGCGAUAUUGAGAAGUGAUCUCAUGGAUAGAUAUGGGUUGACAGACGAAGAUGAUAAAAUUGAAGCGAUGCAUAUCACUGGUAGUUGGGUCUCUAAACUGUAUGUGUUUGACAUGGCGACGAAUCAUCGUGAUUUGGAACACCCAAUCAGACCUAUAAAUAACAUUGGUUUGGUGCGUCCUCUGAAACUAGAUAUCAGUGAGUGUUUCAAGGACUUGACAGCUGGAUGUAUACGUACACGAAUAGCACAUGAGAUUGCCAGUCGAAUGGUGCGAUCUGUGUGUAUAGUGUUUUUCGAAGAUUUGAAUGGACUGAUUAAGUUACGGAAGCUGUACCGUAAAAUAUCCAGUGAUCCAUUUUAUUAUCACACUGACUGUGAAUAUUUGACGAAAUCAUCUCAACCGUCAGUCACUGACAAGACGGUUGGUCACCUAUUUGACUGUUUUUGAACCGAAUAGUGAACUGUUUGAUUAUCCACAGUUGAAGAUGAAUGGUAAAACUCAAGAACAACGCUAUGGUGAUUACAGUGAGAACUGGAAGAAGAUACUGGAGUCGAUUUAUACAGAGUUGU